AUCCGUGUCUCGGCAGCCAUAGCGGAGGUAACCGCUACCGACACCGAGCCCUCACCGCCGGGGCUGGUCCGGUUGCUAGACAGCGUCGGAGGCUCGGUGUCUGCGGACGGAGAGAAAGGGUUACCGUGCGGAGGCCCUGGAGCCCCGUCACUCGGGCUUCUCUCUGUGUCAACUGUCUCAUUGGGGCGCCGUUCAGCCUCUUCCUCAGAGUCACUGAGAUUAAACGGGUUGACCGACGCCAUUUUUGCACUAUAAAGAUUCUUAGCUAGCCUGGCUAACCGGACCUCUUCCUGAAUGGAUGCUAGCUCUGGUUUGGUAGGUUGGUUGACAAGGGGGAAAAUGCAAAGCUGUGAUUGGUCAAUUUUGAGAGACGUCGUCCCAAAGCCCGCCUUUUUCAUGGGACUAUAUGAGAUGAUUGGAUAAUGGCGAGACAGAAAGGAAAACUGGGCAGGGCACAUUUCACAGCUGAUAACCUGUGCUAGCUAAUGUGUUGUCAAAGAACCACACGCUGUCAAAAAUAACGCUUUCCUUUUAAACUACACUGUAACACAAAUAUUUAAAGAAUAAGAACUCAAAGCAUUUAUUUGACACUUAAACAAUUGAAAAGUAGUGCUCGCUAUGAAAUAAAUGUAUUAACUACAAUACCCACAAUCAGCUGCAAAGUACACACGUCAACGUAAGACGUCAGUCACAACAAGGAAGUGGAUGCUCAUGUUUUCUUGUACUAAGCUUCUUAAAAGAGGGACAGUCGGUUUUGUAAAAGGACGCAUUUAAAGAUUACGCGGAUCUUGUUCUGUAAAUCAAAUCCUCUAUCGGUCGUGUUAUCUGGAUAUAUAAUAAUAAGUUAACUACGAGGAUAAAAACGAUGCUAAAUCAUUUGAACGGGUGAUAGUAUUUUAGAUAGUUCUGCUCUUCCAUUCAUUCGUCAACGAGACAGAGUCCCCGGUUUCUAUGGACAGAUCCCACUGAAGUCACAUACAGACCCAGCUCAGUGUUCACCCUCAAAAUGAAGAUGAUCACCUUCCUGCUGGUGGGACUGAUAGUCCACGUGAUCUUCUUCGUCUCUAUCUUUGACAUCUACUUCACCUCUCCCCUGGUCCACGGCAUGACCCCCCAGACCACACCGCUGGCCCCCCCUGCCUCCAGACUGGUGUUGGUGGUGGCCGAUGGCCUCAGAGCGGACAGUCUCUUCACACCGCUCCCCGACGGCUCAUCGAGAGCACCAUACUUAAGGAAUGUGAUGGAGGAGAGAGGUACCUGGGGGGUUUCACACACACGCGUGCCCACUGAGUCUCGUCCCGGUCACGUUGCUCUCAUUGCUGGCUUCUAUGAGGACGUGAGUGCUGUUGCUAAAGGCUGGAAGGAGAAUCCUGUCGAGUUUGACUCUGUGUUUAAUGAGAGCAGACACACCUGGUGCUGGGGCAGCCCUGAUAUUCUGCCAAUGUUUGCUAAAGGUGCCAGUGGAGACCAUGUGUAUACCCACACAUACCCAGCAGCGGAGGAAGACUUCGCCUCCACAGACGCCUCCAGGCUGGACAGCUGGGUGUUCACUCAAGUCAAAUCAUUCUUCCAGUCAGCCAAGUCUAACUCCAGUCUGAGGGCCAGUCUGCUGGAGGAUCAGAACAUCUUAUUCCUGCAUCUGCUGGGCAUCGACACAAACGGACAUGCUCACAGACCAAUGUCGAAGGAGUACCUCGACAAUAUUGGACUGGUAGACACUGGUGUAGCUGAUUUGGUGUCUAUGGUGGAAGACUUCUUUGAUCAUGAUGGAAGAACAGCCUAUGUGUUCACCUCUGAUCAUGGCAUGACAAACUGGGGUUCCCACGGAGCAGGCCAUCCCUCGGAGACUCUCACACCUUUAGUGGCGUGGGGAGCCGGAGUUAAAAAUGCCCAAAAAGUCACCGCAGCCCAACCAUACAACGAUGGAUUCUUACAAGAUUGGAAACUGGAGCACCUUCAAAGAGUUGACGUCAAUCAAGCAGACAUCGCUCCCCUAAUGGCUUCUCUCAUUGGUGUGCCAUUUCCUGUUAACUCUGUUGGUGUGUUACCUCUUCUCUACCUUAACAACAGUGACCAGUUCAAGGCAGAGAGCAUUUACACGAAUGCUAUUCAAGUACUGGAGCAGUACAAGAUGAAAAUGGCUCAGAAAAAGGAGACAACUUUGUCAUUUCUCUUCACCCCAUACCAACUCCUGACUGAGUCAAAACAAGCUGAAUUCUUCCACAAGGCCAGAAUACUGAUUCAGCUGGAGAAGUAUGACGAUUUUAUCUCUCUGUGCCGCUCUCUGAUAUCGAAUGCUCUGGAGGGCCUGGUGUACUACCACACCUACGACAGGUUCUUCCUGGGUUGCAGCGUAGUGCUCGGGUUCGUAGGCUGGACCUCAUAUGUUGUGCUCGUGAUACUGAAGACUCACGCCAGCCUCGACCGUCACCCCAGUCUCCUCAAUCAGAAUCGCAGCCACACUUUGGCGAGGCUGUGUAUCUGUGUGACGGUGGUGAUCACUGUGUUCCUGCUUAUCCAAAGGAGCCCCGUUACCUACUACAUUUACUGCCUGCUGCCUGUUCCUGUGUGGUACUCUGUGCUAAAAGAGUAUAGAACUCUGACAGAUUUGGUUCACUCGGCUCCCUCUCUGCCACUGUGGAAAUGUCUUGGCUAUCUUGUGCUGGUGGCGUUUGGAAUCGAGCUACUGGUGGUGAGUUUCUUCCAUCGCGCCAUGCUGACUGUGGGCCUGGCUGUCCUCUCACUCUGGCCCUUCCUCUCAGGACUUUUUGGAAAAGCCAAGUUCCGCUCAGUGAGCUGGUGUCUGGGCUGUCUGUGUUUGGCGGCUUUCCCCCUGAUGCCUGUUGUGGGCAGAGAGCCGAACAUACAUCUGGUUACCUGUGCAGGUGUGCUCUCUCUCUUCACCUCUGCCUGUUACCUGUGGUCCGCGCUGCAGAAAGCUCCGCUGCACCUCACUGACCGGCAGCAGUUCAUCACCCAGAUGCUCCAUGUGGCAGUGUGUGCGUACGUGCCGUCCCUCACACACUCCAGCCUGCAGCAGAAACAGGGCCUGCCGCUUCUGAACCAGAUCAUCAGCUGGACCACGUUAGCGUCUUCCAUGCUGGUGCCGUUGUUGAGCUCUACUCGUAUCUUCCACCGACUCCUCAGCAUAUUCCUCUCCCUCACAGCCACAUACCUGCUGCUCAGCACCGGGUCAGAGGCAUUGUUCCCCCCUGUGUUGUCAUGGCUGAUGUUUGUGUGGAUCAACAUUGAACAGGAAGCCAUGCUCGCUCAGGGCGUCUCUGGCAGACAAGAGCUCUCCACUAUCGAUUUCUCUGCAAACAUCGACAUCACCAAGAUCCGACAACUGAAGUUGGAUGACAUCAGAAGAUCUUAUUUUUUUGUAUUUUUUAUAAUAACAGCGUUCUUCGGGACAGGGAACAUAGCUUCCAUUAACAGUUUUGACCCAGCGUCUGUUUAUUGUUUCCUCACUGUCUUCAACCCCUUCAUCAUGGGAGGGCUGAUGAUGUGGAAGGUUAUCAUUCCUUUCAUUAUAGUGAUGUGUACAUUUGAGACCAUCCAGGUUGCAACACAGCUUUCAUCAAGAAGUUUGUUCCUCAUUGUCCUGGUCAUCUCGGACUUGAUGGCUCUGCACUUUUUCUUCCUGGUGCAGGACUACGGCAGCUGGUUGGACAUAGGAACAAGCAUCAGCCAUUAUGUGAUAGUGAUGUCGAUGACCAUCUUCCUGAUGUUGCUCAGCGUGGUCACGCACAUUCUCACCUCACAAAGACUCAUUCUGUGGAGGAAGCGCAAGACCCACUUCCCCUAAACAUGUAUAGUGCAACCAAGUGUUUUGUAUAGGUGCUUUUCAUUUAGCAUUCACCUUAUUAAGCCAAGGUUAGUUUAUACGGGAUAUUGUUUUAUGAGUCAUUAUACUGUACAGAGUCUCACACCACUAAGCUACAUUGUUUUGGAUUGUGGGAAAUCCCCUCUUGUACAUCCUUUUUGGUCAGAUGCUUUCAACUAUCCUCUCAGAACUGCUUUAAAAAUGUCUACAAUAGUGAAUUAGUGCAGGUUGAGAACAUUAUUCCUUUGUUCCUCCUUGUAUGAAUGUAAAUAAACACUAACUCCUUAGAUAGAUGGUUUACAUAGGACAUUUUCAAGUGGCUCGAGACUUGUCCAAGGUUCUGUUUGCACUGUAUUCUUUUGUACACGGAGUUGAUACAUUAUUGUUUUUACAUUAAUCAUUGACGGAUGGACUAAGGCCAUUUGAAUAUCGGACUGUAACUUAUGCCUUUGCCAAGGAUGCUGGUUCAUGAUCCACCAAAGAAAGGUCAACUGUUUUGAGUUUGUAUUUCCUGGGAAGCUACCCGAGACGUGUCAUGCUCACAAGGUAAGGAGAAGGGAUUUAUUUAAAGAAAAUUGUGAUGAUAUGUUUGUGGACAUGAAUGAACAAAAAGAGACAUGUGUUUUGUAUUAAACAUUAACAGAAUACACCAGGUGCCAGUAUCAAUGUUAUGCUCUGUUUGUAGAGCCUGUACUCAGUGGGCAGCAAAGGGAUUGUGGGUAGCAAACUUGUAAAUGUCUGUACAUAAGAUUGUUAAGAUGUGUUUUGAAAAACCUAUGGAUAGUUUGUUUAAAUACAUUUAAAAAA